AUGUCUGGAAAGAAAACGUUUGACAAAAAACCGAGAAAGACACAUGAAACGUCACGAGAGAAAUGGCACCGAAGAACAAAAUAUUACGCACAAGGUAAAACAAAAGAAAAGAUUGAACAACUGAAACAAAUGAAGAAAAAUGAAAAGAAGAUUGAGAAACUUAUUGCUGAGAAUGCCAACCCUAAUUCAUUUUAUGACAAAUACUUUAAAGGAGAGUUAGAUGAUGAGAUGGAAGAAGAAAACAAUGUAGGAUUUAAAGAACUUAUCAAAAACCAAGAAAAACAACAAACUAAAAAAACUAUCCAACAAGCAAGAGAAGAACGAAAAGAAAUAAUAAAAGAGAAAAAGAAAGAGUUGGAAGAACAAAAAUUGAACCAACUUGAAAGAGAGAAAAGAAAAAAAGAAAAGUUAAAGGAAAAGAAAAUUUUACUUCAAAAAACUAAGAAAGGUCAACCAAUAAUGAAUAAUAUAAUGAAUAAGUUAUUGAAAGAUAUUGAACAUCAACAACAAUAA